AUGCUCUGGGCACGUAGCAUGAGGGACACAUGGGAUGCUCAACCUCUCAAGCCCUCUCCCGUCUGCCUGCUUGGAACGAAUGAGUUGGUGCUCGCUUGUCUCGUUAGACUGGGUGUGGCAACAAUUCUGAAUCCCGGUCUUAUUUCCAUGAAAUCGGCAGUUCCACGAAUUGCUGUUAAAGGGUACCUACAGGACACCCGGGUUGGGCCCGUUGCAACUACUGGAUCGAGUGCCGCUCCACGGUUCAAUGAGCCUAUCCUGACUCCAUGUUGCGGAUCACAGGGGUCAGAGGUGAAGCAAAGGGAAACGCACAAACCCUUCCUCAAGGGGAGGGAUUCUCCAGAUUUGCAGGAUCCAUUCCUAACCAACCCCCAGACAAUCCCCAUAACUGGGGCCCCUACCCGCUGUUUUUGGGCGCCGAAGUGGGCGGCGUACCCUAAUUGUCUCUGUGAUAUUUUGGAUGGACAACAAUCAAAACUCUUGAACCCUCACCCCCAAAAGUUGACUCUGGUUGACUAUCGGCCUAUCAGGGUGCUUCGCGAUGUGCGCAACCAAACAAUUAACCAGUAA